UGCAGUUUCCUAAUAGCUGGCGGUAAGUCCUCUGGUAGAGCGUUCUGAAACGCUGGCUCAGAGUUCAGGUUACUUCGGCGGAAGGAAGGGGCGCGGCCUCAGCAUUUUACUGACCGGAGGCUCCGACAGGAAGUCUGUUCUGGUAUGCGUUGUGAGAAAGAUGCGUGUGCGUGACGUUCGCCUGAGCUGGAAUGAGCGUCAUUGACGUGGAAGAGGAUCUGCAGAGCUGGGGCUGGACUGACCUGUGCGUGUCUGCUCAUGUUUAUUGCGCCGUUAGUGCACUCACUAGAUACAGAACGUACAGUAGGUCAGUGUGCCUGACUCUCACGUUUACUAGCUAAUGAUAAUAUUGUAACAAAAUGGUGACUUAUUUAAACCUUUUAUAAUGGAGAGCUCAUCUUACAUUGUUAUUGUUCAUCACAGUCUGAAAGAAGUUUUAUUCUUAUAUUCAGGUGCAUCCAUCUCGGUCAAGCGAUAAAAUAUGGAUGAAAAAGCCAAAAGCAAAAAUCCGGUGUGAUAGCCAGCGUGUGGACCGGGGCUUCGGGCUGGCGUGGCCCUUUUGAGUGCCUCGUUGUCACGGCAUGGAAAAGCCUCAGAAUAUCCAGAGAUUGCGAAAAAGCACAGAAUUCCUUGCUUCCGUUCCUAACACCUUGUGAAGCAGGUGAUGGCAACCAAAACAAAAUUACAGAGUAGGCUGGACAUAAGUAACACGCUUGGGGUGUGAUCUCCCUGGACCAGCUCGUAAGCGCAAGGCCUCUCUUAUUACAACUACAUUCAGCAUAAUGGUGAGUUGUAUCAAUAAGUAGUUUAUAUUAUUUCUAUGCCGGUCCGUCAAAAUAUGAAUGUGAAACCUAACCUGUCCUAGAGCAAGACAGGUUUUAUGAUUAAUGGUGUUUUAUGAUAAAAACAAAAGUCAAGUCUUCAGAUAAUUGUCAUUUUUGACAUGGCCUCAUACCAGCAACACAAGUCUCACUUUUCUUCAGACAAAUGUGUUUGAGAUGUUUUCUUCUCUGCUCCCUCAGAUCCAGUUCCUGGUCAUCAGCGUCCGACUCGGACAGCGAACCCGGCGCCAUGUCCAGGCGCAGUCUACGUCUGGACGACAGCCGGCUGGACCGCAACCUGCCGCUCGGCAGCGCCUCCUACAGCGUGGGAGGAAACGGCUGGACAAACAACAGAGCGUUGAAAUCUCGCUGUUCUCGGCAGCUCUCCGCGUCCUGCUCGGAGUCGUUCCUCGCCCACACGCCUCGUAAACCCUCCAACCUGUCGCUCCACAGCGACGUUUCCGACGCCUCGCUGCUCUCCUCCUUGCUGGACGAGUCCGCCAUCCAGGAGUGCAGUGUGGUUGACGCCCUCUGGGGUUUGGACCACGACCUUGAUCCUAAAGAAAGCACCAUCAUUGAGGAGCAGAGCAGCGUGUUGGCCAACAGCACUCUGAUUGGCUCUGACGGCCACUGUCCCAAACACUUGAUCCAGACGCUGCCCCGGGUCUCCCGCAAAGGCUGCGAGUGCGACAGGGGGGAGUCCGGAACCGCAAACCUGCCGUCGUCCUCCAAGCGCUUGAGCUCGCCGGCCUUCGAAGCGUCCGAAGUCUACUGCAGAGACAGAAGACGGCGUGCCGCAACAGGUAAGCCGGUCAAGCGUGGCGGCGUGUUCCAGUUGAUCGGCAGACGAUGGAGCGCCACCCCUCUGCUGACUUGGUUUCCUCUCGCACUCUUGUUGGUUCUUCUGACCCUCUUCAGUAGGUCCCUGCUCACGUCAUCUUCUACUAGACGAGAACUAGAAUUUAAGUAUCAUCUCGUCAUGUCUUUAGGUUUGUGUUGGUUCAGCUUUGCCGGUCUACCAGCUCUAAGUGUCCUGGAGUGGAAGACUUCAAUAUCUGAGGUCCCUGCCCUGUCCUCAGCCGACGGUCUCGCGUCUUCAGUGAGCCGAGCAGCUGGGGACGUUGCGGAGGACUCGGAAGAGAAAGCGGCGGCCGAGUCCGAGUCUGUGCGCCUCGCUCGUCUGGAGCGCAGCCUGGCCUCGCUGCGGGAGCGCGUGGAGGCCGGCGACGAGCUCGCGGAGCUGAGACGCGGCGAGAUGCUAGAGAUGCACUCUGAACUGCAGCACCACGCCCAGAGCGGCAAACUGCGCCUGAGCGGCCUGCUAGAGCGCCAGCUGGCCCGGCUGAGAAGGCGAAUGGACGAGGACAGGCGGCAGAGGCAGCGGGAGUUGUUGCGGCAACAGAGCCAAAUGUCUCGUUUGGAUCUUUUGGAGGCGAAGUUGCAGAACCUUGCGGCCAAGGCGGAGGUACGCUUUUUCCUCCCGAGUGCGGUGCCGAGCUGGCCUCACUUACAGCGCAAGUUUGUUCUCCAGGAGGCGACGUCCGGGCCGGCAACACUUUCUGAUGUGGCCAGUGUUGCCGUGGACCGUCAGUCCCACGACGCCUUGCUGGCAGAGGUGGGCCGUCUGGCGGCGGCCCUGAAGGACAUCGGGCGGGAUGUGGAAGCCCUGCUGGGAUGUCAGCAGCUGGACCAGGAGACGAUUUCCGCUCAGGUCCACCAGGAAGUUCUGGUUCUGCUUUACGGGAAGGAGCGGGCAGAGUCCGGCUUCCCCGCUUCGCUGCUGCGCUGGCUGUCGGAGCGCUACGUGGCCGGGGCCGACCCGCGAGCGUCUCUGGCCGCGCCGGAGCGCGGCUUCCUCCGCAACGACAGCCGUCAUCUGGACCGGGGCCAGCGUGAGGAGACGGCUGGGAAGGCGCUGACCAGGGAGGACGUGGACGCGAUUGUGAAGAGCGCGUUGCGCCUUUUCUCCCACGACCGGACCGGCCUAGCCGACUACGCGCUGGAGUCUGGAGGUGGCAGCAUCCUGAGCACUCGCUGUUCUGAGACAUAUGAAACCAAAGCGGCGCUGCUCAGUUUGUUUGGUGUUCCUCUCUGGUACUUCUCGCAGUCUCCUCGAGUUGUCAUCCAGCCAAACGUCCACCCAGGGAACUGCUGGGCCUUCCGAGGCUCCACGGGCUUCCUGGUGAUCCGCUUGUCCAUGAGCGUGGUGCCCAGCGCCUUCUCCCUGGAGCACAUCCCCAAAGCCUUGGCGCCCAGCGGCACUCUGCGCAGCGCGCCCAGACACUUCGCCGUCUACGGUCUGGCCGACGCCGCUCAGGACCGAGGGACGCCGCUCGGCUCGUACGCGUACGAGGAGGACGGAGAAGCGCUGCAGACUUUCUACGUCACUGAGGAGAACGAGCGUGCCUUCCAAAUCAUCGAAGUGCAGGUGUUGUCCAACUGGGGCCACGAGGAGUACACGUGCAUGUACCGCUUCAGAGUGCACGGCUCUCCCAGGGACGCUUGAACGCACGUCCGCCUUUCCUCUUAAGUUGCUGAUUUCCAUUUGAAAAAAGGACACACUGCCAACUUUGUCAAUAUUUUCCUUAUUUGAUCCCCUCCUCUUUGCCACAAGUUGUGAUGUUUUAGAAUCGCUUGAAUUCUUUUUUUUUUUUUUUUUAUAACCUUUAAAAUGAUUAAAUCAACUUGCUGAGUGACCUUGAAUGCAACACAGAGUGGCCUUGGCCUGCGUGUGUGCCAUGAUGAUAAUGUAGACAAAUGUAAUAUGAACUUGACGCCUUCAAAGUUGCAAUUGCACUGAACUCAACGUAUUGUCUUCAGGUUAACUUUUGUCAGAUGUUAUGCCUUUUUAAAUGUUUUGUUAUUUUCCCUAUUUGAGGUGUAAAUAAAGGUUUUACG